CUCACUGCUGUUCCAGUCACCAGGCUGGGGUUGCAUAGCUAGACAGAGGAGUGCAGCUCCAGCUAUCAGAUCUGAGGGUCUGCAGACCAUGAGGGACUGACCCCCAGGAUAAAGCCCAUCACCUACAGCACAGCUGAUCUCUCCAGGGAGGGGGAGUGGGGGGAUCUUUCUCACAAGCUCACCAUUGCCUUUGAGGUGCUCUGUCAUGUCUGGAGCUUUGUGUAAAAGUUUAUACGCGUUUUCUGGGGACCAUCACCAACAGGGGCUGAAGUUUGAGGCUGGGGAAGUUAUUAAGGUGAUUCAGGUCUUGGAAGGAGGCUGGUGGGAAGGAGAGAAGGAUGGUAUCAGAGGCUGGUUCCCUGCAAGUUAUGUCCAGCUGCUAGAGAAACCUGGCAUGAUGAAUCCCCAGAGAAUUGAAGACACAACACAGGGGAGUCUUCCUCAGGACUGGCACUGCUAUAUGUCUCCUCAGGGCCGCAGGUACUACGUAAACACCAUUACUAAUGAGACUACAUGGGAACGGCCGAAUGGUUCACCAGUGAAUCUGAAGAGCCCAUUAGUCAAGAAGAAUUCAUUUCCUGCAGUAAAUGGAUUUCAUUCAUCAGGAUCUCCUAUACACCAGCCAGAGUCGGUCCAAGUGAUUGCACGAAAAGCUAGCAGUGACCCACAGAGUCCAGGGUCCCUCUCGCCUACGAGAAAACAAAAUAAAGAGACAACAAUAACCUUGGCAUGCUAUCACCAUGGUUACAAUUGA